AUAGCACUGACUUUAACCGUGAACUAGCAGAUAGCACUGACAUUAUCCGUGAUUUACCAGAUAGUACUGACUUUAUCCGUGAUCUACCAGAUAGCACUGACUUUAUCCGUUAUCUACCAGAUAGUACUGACUUUAUCCGUUAUCUACCAGAUUGCACUGAAUAUAUCCGUGAUCUGCCAGAUAGCACUGACUAUAUCCGUGAUCCACCAGAUAAUAGUACUGACUAUAUCCGUGAUCUAAAAGAUAGCACUAACUUUAUCCGUGAUCUGCCAGAUAGCACUGACUUUAACAGUGAUCUAUCAGUUAGCACUGACUUUAUCCGUGAUCUAACAGAUAGCACUGAUUUUAACCGUGAUCUAGCAGUUAGCACUGACUUUAUCCGUGACCUACCAGAUAGUACUGACUUUUUCCAUGAUCUAGCAGACAGCACUGACUUUAUCCGUGAUCUACCAGAUAGUACUGACUUUAUCAGUGAUCUACCAGAUAGCACUGCCUUUAACCGUGGUCUAGCAGAUAGCACUGACUUUAUGCAUGAUAUACCAGAUAGUACUGACUUUAUCCGUGAUCUACCAGAUAGCACUGACUUUAUCCGUUAUCUACCAGAUACCAAUGACUUUAUCCGUGAUCUAACAGAUAGCACUGACUUUAUCCGUUAUCUACCAGAUACUAAUGACUUUAUCCAUAGCACUGACUUUAUCCAUGAUCUACCUGAUAGUACUGACUAUAUCUGUGAUCUAAAAGAGAGCACUAACUUUAUCCGUGAUCUGCCAGAUAGCACUGACUUUAACAGUGAUCUACCAGUUAGCAAUGACUUUAUCCGUGAUCUACCAGAUAGCACUGAUUUUAACCGUGAUCUAGCAG